AGCAUUUCGGCUGAGAGGCUGCAGGCCAUAUUGGCAGGGAUGCUGCAAGCUCCCGCAGCUUCAGAAAAGAUGCUCAGCCUGGCAUGACCUGAUUGGGCUGCCGAGGCAGAUGUCACAUCCUUCCUUCUUGGCGAUGCAUUUGCAACGUUCCCUUGCAGGUGGAGAGGCGAUGGAUGUGUUCAUGCGUUUGUUUGGGCUCUGCACGUUGGAGAAGGCGGAUAACUCCGAGAAAGAUGCAUCUGAUAUGCAACUCAGUGCAUUCGAGUACCGCCAGUACCAGACCAGAUUGGAACCCUCACAGCAACGACUGGUGGAGCGGGUGGUCAACCAAUGGGUGGCGAUGCUGGUGAAGGGCAUGGUUAUGAGGGUCAACGGAUUUGAGGAAAAGACGUUCCUUGAUCGAGAUUUGCUGAACCUGGAGCUCGGCGGAGAGUUGUAUCCUUUGGAAGCGUUGUGUCGCGUGGAGAUGUUCAAAGAAUCGGAUGAUGAGAUUGUAAACUUGCCGUGGGUCGUGGAGCUCACUUUCGACUUUGAAGAUGGCGAAACUAUACUGGCAUUCGCGUUUGACCGUGAGCGCCAUCGCCUGCAAUUCGCCUUGACGUUGCGUGUGUUACGAACACGCAAUGCGCAUCUUAACCUGUCUGGCACGUUCGAAGUUCUGAACCGGGAUGAGGAUGAGGAUGAAGAUGAGGGCCCCAGCUUUCACAAGAUGGUCACCUCCAACCGCUACGACGUUCAGGGUGCUGGCAUUUCUGUUAUCAUCAGCGUGGGCACACUGAAGAUUAAUCAGCAUUUGCGCUGCAACAACCGACAUGUUUACUUGGAGUUUUUCUCGGAUUACCCACGCCGAGAUAAGUUCCUGUAUGCAAGAUCCAGCUACAACAAUUUGCCUGGGACCGUCCUGGCUGACAGCGAGAACAAGAGGGAAUUGAAAGACCAGGAGAAGUCAGGCGCAGACCCUGACGGAAAGAGAAACCGCGGUGACCAAGCUCUAUGCAAAAUCAACUUUGACAUGAAGAAUGUGAAGAUGAAGAUCCCUAAAGUCCCCUUUACCAUUCAUGGCCGCUUGAUGGCGAAAGAUGACUUUUUCCCCACAGCUGUGGCAAAUUUUGAGCUGGCCAUCACGAAGGCUCACCUGCAAGAUAGGCGUGACAGCAAUUCGCCCAAAAAUCCAGAAGCCGUCGACCUUCCUCUGUUACGUGCUUGGAAGAAUGAUGAUGGGCCAGAAGAAGUUGCAGUUCUAGGCCUUCGAUUCAUUGGCAUCGUCACGGAGGAGAUGGAGAGGAAGAAAAACAAUUCUGGUGCACGCCGAAACGCUUCAAAUGCCGAUGGAAGCGGGGAGGCAGGUUCAGAUGAAGAUGAAGAGGAAGAGGAAGAGGAAGAGGACGAGGAAGCAGAAGACAGUGAAGAGGAAUCUGAUGAGAAUCAGGAGCCAGGUGGCACAAGCAGCUUGCAGGAGAGCGGCUCGAAGGGAAGUGAGCUCGCGAACUCGAGCAAUUCAUCUGCCUCUUAGACUCUUAGUGCAUGCUGGUAGCUUCGGAUAGCUGCACGCCUCCCUGUGCAUCAAAGUAUCUUUUUUUUACACCGGAUGCAGUCUGGAAACCAGAUAGGCAAGUGAAUUGGUGUGCUGAAUGAUUGCCACAAUGUCAAGCAUUAUGGCAUGCAUGGGCGGACGGUCAGAAAGAUCAGAAGUCUGACGGGGUCAAGCAGGG